GCGGGGCGCGCGCAGCAUGGCGGAAGCGGAAGGGAGUUCGCCACUCCUGUUGCCGCCGCCGCCGCCACCCCCGCUCGGGAUGGCGGAAGUGGAGGCGCCGACGGCGGCCGAGACGGACAAGAAGCAGUUUAGCUGUGCUGGCGGCGGCGUCAUGGACGUGGAGCGGAGCCGCUUCCCUUACUGCGUGGUGUGGACGCCCAUCCCUGUGCUCACGUGGUUUUUCCCCAUCAUCGGCCACAUGGGCAUCUGCACAUCCACAGGAGUCAUUCGGGACUUUGCUGGCCCCUACUUUGUGUCGGAAGACAACAUGGCCUUCGGGAAGCCUGCCAAGUAAGUGAUGAACAUCCAUGUGAUUGGCCCUAGAGCCAGGUUCCUCCUGCCUGGAGCAGCAGGCCAGGCCUUCUGGGGCACAGCAGGAGCCAGCAGCCUGAGGAUGGGGUGAAGGGGGGCAGCCAGGGUCUACCAGAGCAUCUGACCUUGUACCACACAUCUCCUGCUCCAGUCCCUGGCUGGGUCCUUUAUCCGCAGGCCAUCUAGGCCUUGCCUCAGCCCUGCAAGGUCGUGUUUUCAGCUCCAUCGGAAAGGUGAAGAUAAGGAAGGGACUUGGUCAAGAUCACACAGGAAGUGGCAGAGCUGCGACUCACAUGCAGGUCUGUCUCACUCCAAAACCUGGACUCUUUCUCCUGCCCCUCAAAGAACAAACGCGCCAUUUAAGGUGUAAAGGAGGCAUGGUUUGGAACUCUGCUGGAAAGUUCUGGUUGGAGAGAAUAAAGGCAGUUUAGUCUCUCCUGGAGCUGUUGCUGGUUUGCAUGGGAUUUUUGGACUUCAUUUUUUCUGUCUUGGGGGCCCACCUCAGUUGUGGGUCUGGUGACAGUGCCUCAGUCUGCAGUCUGCUCAGAACAGCAUCAGAUGCUCUGUUGCCCAAGGCAGCAUCCAGGAGGGUGGAGCCCAAGGAGGAGUCCCACACAGCAUAGGCGGCCUGGAGCUGGGCUCUCCAAACCCUGCUGACUUCCUCAGGCAGGUGGAAAUGUGAGCCAGGGGCCUCUGGUCUGGGUGUCUGCUGCCAGACUGCUCCUCAGCGAGAGUUGUAAGGACACCCGUUUCCAGGCAGGAACCCCUGAGCAGCUGAAGUCCC